AUGCUUGUCCUAGCUCUCAUCCUGUUCACCAUUUUUUCAAAAGUUGAGCCAAAAGUCGAGUGUUUUCAAAUCGUUGGAAAAUUGAAAUGUCCAUCGUUUCCUCAAAAAGCCAAUUAUAUUCAAAUCGAUUUGAUGGAUGAGGAUCCAUUACCUCUGGAAGUAGAUGAUACAAUGGGACGCACAUGGUCCGAUAAGAGCGGAAAUUUCAGUGUGUCUGGCUGUGGAUCAGACUUUGGGCCAAUCAACACACCUGACGCCUAUCUGUUGAUCUACCAUUCAUGUCCUCAUAUGAAUGGCCGAGCUAUACCAGGUCCUUUACAGAUUGAUAUCUUACCUAUCUUCAUGCCAAAAAUAAUAAACAUAGGAUCUGUCUAUCUUGAUCGAUACGUUGACGAUGAUAUGGAUGAAGCUUAA